UUAUACUUUUUUUUUGUUUGCUUUUAAAUAAAUUGAGAGAAGAAUGAGAGAUCCUUCUUCGAUUCCAGCGAAGGAAAAGCGUAUUCCUCGUGAGCACUAACUUCUCACUCUUCUUCUUCUUCUUCACUCUGCGUUCACACAAUCCUCACCCUCCCCAUCAAAGCUCGGAGGAGGUUUCGAGGGGGGGUGGUUUCGUCUUUGUGUGAGGAUGACGUCGGAUGGGGCUACGUCGACAUCAGCAGCUGCUGCGGCGGCGGCGGCGAGGAGGAAACCGUCGUGGAGAGAGAGGGAGAACAAUCGGAGGAGAGAGAGACGGAGGAGAGCCGUAGCUGCGAAGAUAUACACAGGGCUUAGAGCUCAAGGCGAUUAUAAUCUUCCCAAACAUUGCGAUAACAAUGAGGUGCUCAAGGCUCUCUGUGCUGAAGCUGGUUGGGUUGUUGAAGAAGAUGGCACCACUUAUCGCAAGGGAUGCAGGCCUCAACCUGGUGAGAUAGGUGGAACAUCGUCUCGAGUGACGCCAUACUCAUCACAAAACCAGAGCCCUCUUUCUUCAGCCUUUCAAAGUCCCAUACCUUCUUACCAAGUCAGCCCAUCUUCCUCUUCUUUCCCGAGUCCUUCCCGUGGUGAAGCCAACAACAACAUCUCCACAUUCUUCCCCUUCAUCAGAAAUGGUGGCAUCCCUUCCUCUCUUCCUUCCCUCAGAAUCUCAAACAGCUGCCCCGUUACUCCACCACUCUCAACAUCUCCAACUUCCAAGAAUCCUAAACCUUUGCCUAACUGGGAAUCUAUCGCUAAGCAGUCCAUGGCAAUCGCUAAACAGUCGAUGUCUUCUUUUAACUAUCCUUUCUAUGCUGUUUCUGCACCUGCUAGUCCGACUCAUCGGCCAUUUCAUACUCCGGCGACUAUACCUGAAUGUGACGAGUCUGACUCUUCGACUGUUGAUUCUGGUCAUUGGAUAAGCUUUCAGAAGUUUGCACAACAACAGCCAUUCUCUGCAUCUAUGGUGCCAACCUCUCCUACCUUCAAUCUUGUGAAACCUCCCGCACCUCAGCAUAUGUCUCCAAAUGCUGCUGCGCUCCAAGAGAUUGGCCAAAGCUCUGAAUUUAAGUUUGAGAACAGUCAAGUUAAGCCUUGGGAAGGAGAAAGGAUACAUGAUGUCGGUAUGGAGGAUCUGGAGCUUACACUUGGAAACGGUAAAGCUCAUGGUUGAUUGAUUGUGAGAAGCUAUUCUUCUUGAGUAUCUGGAUCUUCAUAUAUGGUUCUUCACUUACUAUCCAAAUAUGCGGCAAAAAAGCCUUCUCCAUGUAAGCAUUGGAGUUUGGAGUGUUAGUGUCGUUGUUUAAUUCAUGAAUUUGGUUUUCAAAAGCAUUAUUUGUAGAUAAGAAAUUUUAAGAUGUAUGAUUAUUCUGUUCCGUUACAACUGUUAAAUUAAUUAGUGGUUUGAAACUGUUUUGUGUCUUUGUCUUGUCAAAUUGAUUAGUGAUGUAUCAUGUCUUCAGCACAUUGUGCUUCUCAGCAUCAAAAUCCAAAAUUUGCAGAACAUAUGCUUUUUACAA